UCGGACUGGGCGGGAACGGCGACGGCGUCGAUGGAGUGGGCGCCGCCAUCUUACCGCGGGCCACCGGCCGCCGCCAACUUGGCCCCGCCGCGCUGCCACGGCCGCCACCCCUCAUACACCGCGGGCGGGCAGGGCCAGGGCCAGGGCCAGGGCGACCCUGCCACCCGGGGGCAGCACGGCCGGGUUGGAGGCGACUGGAGGCCGGGUCCGGCCUGGGGCCCGGGGCGCGGCCUGUACCCGGGGCCUGAGGAGCAGCAGCCGGUGGACGGCCCUGCCCGCCCGUGGGGCUACGGACCGCCGCCCGGUCUCGACCGCCCCCCCAAGCCGUGGGAUCAGCCGGACUACCCCAACCUGCCAGGACUACCCCAGGAGCAGAAGGAGCUCCGGCCCCAACACUACGAAUGCAGAGAGCAGCCCUGUCCCACUGGAGGCUUCCCUCGCCAGGAGGCUUCCCACCCAGCCUACCCCUACCAAGACCACUAUCCCCAGCAGGGACAGCGGCAUCAGCUCCCUCCUCCUCCUCACCCCUACCAGCACAAACCCCUGGACUCUCCACAGCAGCAGUAUCCCUAUCGAGGACAUUCCCAUCCCUUCCCAGAGAGAGCUGGGCCACCGCCUAACAUUCAGAAUGUGGCUUCUCAAUCCGAAAUCACUUCUUGCCAGAACCAAACUCUGCCUCAGGCUGGAGGUCCCAACUUGCCUGCUGGAUAUGGACCCCAAAACAAUCCAUUAUUAAACCAGAGCCACAAUAAUCAGCAUAACUUUUCACAUCUACCAGUGGAUGGACCAUCGUGGAAAAAUGAACAUGGCAUGCAGUACAAAAAUGAGGAGAUGGCAAAGCCUUGGUCCAACGUUGCCAAUUUCCCACAAGGUUCGAAAGACAUCAGUAUGGAGCAACCACAUAGAAAUGAAUCAAUGGCCAAUUUCUUGCCACCCGAACAAUUCUCGCAUGACUUCAAAAAUAGCGAAUUAACCAAAGAGCAAGAUGAAUUUUGGCUGAAGAGGUUUGUGUCAAAACGUAGAUUGCAGCCUUCAGAGAUUAAAAAAUCCAAAACUCUGCCAUUAGUUAGUGAAGUGAAAGAAUCAGUGUUGAGUGUUUGUAAACUUGUGGCUGAGCUGACUGUUCUGUGCCAGCAUUUGAGACAAAAUGUGGAAAAUGAAGAUAAUUGGACAAAAUCUUACCAGAAAGCAAUUGAGGUGAAAACUGUAUUACAGGAAAAAUUAAAGGCACUGACAGAUAGUGAGUACAUCAGUAGAGUGAAAAAGAAACUGGGGGCAAUUAAGAAGAAAAGAAGAAAUAUUCGUAGGAAAAAGCAGGAGAGCUGCUUAGCAAAUCAGGAGCACGAAGAGAGGAUGGCGGAAAAGGAAGCGAAGAUUGACACGUGGAGAAUGAAGCGUGUUCGAGAAGUUGAAGAGAAGAAGAGGGAACGUGAGCUAAAAGCUGCAGCCGACAGCGUCUUGUCAGAAGUGCGGAAAAAACAGGCAGAUGCAAAAAGAUCAGUGGAUAUCCUCCGAGCACUGGAGAAAUUACGGAAAUUAAGGAAGGAAGCUGCAGCUAGAAAAGGUGUUCAUCCUCCUUCCUCAGCUGAUGAAACAUUCGAGCUUCAUGUUGAAAGGCUGAGAAAAUUAAUUAAAAUACGCAGUGAUCUGUAUGAUGCAGAGGAAAGAGCCUUGAGAGUUAUGUUGGAAGGGGAACAGGAAGAAGAAAGGAAAAGAGAAAAUGAGAAAAAGUUGAAAAAAGAGAGAGAUAAACUAGAAAAACAGCAACGUGAAGUUGAAUGCAUGUUGUUUGGAGAUUCAGAAUUACCUCCAGACCACCCUCUACAGCCAUUUUGCCAAUAUUAUCUGCAAGCUGAACAUUCCUCCCACAUCCUUGUACAAAUCAGGCAAGAAUGGGAUCGAUACCUUUGCCCGGGAGACCAUCCCGAUGGGAGUAGUAUUCCGCAAGGUUGGAUCUUUCCAUGUCCACCUUCAUCAGACACGUGGGGAACGGCACUCAAACAGUAACGAGAGAUGAUCUUGUUCUCUUCAGCCUGGGCUAUUUUGUUACGGAAUAGUAUCUGUUUUAUAAUAAAUAAAUGUGGAUUUACCUUA